AUGAAACUGACGCCCGUUCUUCAGGUCGCCACCGCCGCCGCCAACUCACCCCAUUCACCCUCGGUCGGUACCACCACCACCACCACCGCCACCACCACCACCACCACCACCGCCGCCGCCGCGUUGGCCAACAAUGCCGGCAACAACGCGGCCAAACAGUCGGGCCAUGUGGAGCUGAACAAGCAUCUUUUGCUGCUGGAAAGUCAGCAGCGACUCUGCCAGACCCAAAUGACGCCCGAUCCUCUUCACGUGCACGCGGCAAAGUCGGACGACGAGAACUCGGGCAACGGCAGCGUCUCCUCCACCCCCGGACAAAUAUGGCCGUGGAUGACAGUCGUCGGUGAGUGA